CUCUGAGUCUGAGGGAGUCCCAGUCCAGGUUCUGUAGACGUGCUGGUGCUGCUCGGACCAGAAGGCUCUCAGCUGACGUCCCACCGGUCAGUUUGAUGCUCGAGUGAAGAAGACGUGACUUCAUUUCUCCUUUCAGAGCCGGCAGCAGCGUCAGGUAUGCUGGUCCAGACGUGCUGAAGCUUGUCCUCUGAAAGGACGUCUUCAUUCUCUACAAAAACCUUCUGCUUGUUGUUUGAAGACCUCUCAGGGAAGCCAUGGUCCCAUCUCUGCACUGGCUGCUCCUGCUCGGGGGUCUCCAGGGUCUGUGGGCCCAGGACAAUGAAGAAGAUGAGGAUGAGAUGACGACCAGCAAGAAGAAAAGCAAACUGUACGCGCCCAACUCCGUCGCCCAGAACGGUAAAUCUCUCGGCGAUGAGGACUGCAGUCUGGAGCUGGCCUUUCUCAUCGACAGCUCCGAAAGCGCCAAAGACAACCACGAACAGGAGAAGCGCUUCGCCUCAGAUGUGACGGCCCGGCUGCAGAACCUGCGGCUGAUCUUGGGCCAGGGCCUGGGGUUCCGUACAGCCCUCCUGCAGUACAGCAGUCACGUCAUCAUCGAGCAGACCUUCAGGCAGUGGAAGGGCGUCGACAACUUCAAAGCUAGAAUCGCUCCCAUCACUUACAUCGGCCACGGCACCUACACGACCUACGCCAUCGCCAACCUGACCCGCAUCUACCUGGAGGAGUCGGGUACCAGCAGCAUCAAGGUGGCCGUUCUGCUCUUUGAUGGCAUCUCACACCCAAGGAACCCGGACAUCUUUUCAGCUUUGGCGGACGCAAAGAACCAGGGCGUACGCUUCUUCACGAUAGGAAUCACACCUAAAGCCAACGAACCGGCAAACCUCGCUCAGCUGCGUCUAAUCGCCAAUUCCCCGGCUUCACGCUACCUUCACAACCUACAAGAUGUAGGCGUGGUGGACAAAGUCAUCGGGGAAAUUACAGCCCUGGCAAAUGAAGGGUGUCCUCUGGCCCAAAGCAAGUGUGCAUGUGAGAAGGGUGAACGAGGACCCAGCGGCCCUGCCGGCAAGAAGGGUCGACCCGGAGACGACGGAAGUCCUGGUCUAAAAGGACAGAAGGGUGAAGGUGGUCUCAGUGGACUUCCGGGUCGAGAAGGACCAGAGGGAAAACCCGGAUACAAAGGAGAGAAGGGGGAGAGGGGGGAGUGUGGAACACCUGGGAUUAAAGGAGACCGAGGCCCUGAAGGGACCAUUGGUCCAAGAGGAAACCGUGGACUCCAGGGUUUGCCAGGAUCACCAGGCGAUGUGGGACCUGAGGGUGUGACGGGUAAAAAGGGGGAACGGGGACUUUCUGGACCACCUGGAAUCCAAGGGGAGACGGGAAUCGGCCUUCCGGGACCCAAGGGGGAUGUCGGUUUCCAAGGGCAACCAGGGCCUCCUGGUCCUCAAGGAAUCGGUGAGCCUGGACCACCGGGACCUCAAGGGCCCCAAGGAGUCCAAGGAGAGAGAGGACCAACAGGAGAGGGUCUCCCUGGACCAAAGGGCGAGCGGGGCUUCGAGGGGCCGCGAGGGGCCAGAGGACAGCCGGGCGCCGGAGUCAAAGGAGACAAGGGGGAGUUUGGCCCUCCAGGUUUUCCAGGACCCAUCGGCCUCCCAGGAAUUGGCAUUCAAGGUGAAAAGGGUAUCGAGGGUCCAAGAGGGCCCCCAGGGGGCAGAGGUCCACCAGGAGAGGGAUUUCCUGGACCCAAGGGGGACCAGGGGCUGCCCGGCGAGGUUGGCUCCCCAGGAGAACAUGGUGCCGGCGAGCCGGGAUCAAAGGGUGAGCCGGGGUCACCGGGAACAGCAGGUCUGCCGGGGUUACCGGGGGAGGACGGCGCCCCAGGACAGAAGGGCGAGCCAGGAGCCGUCGGUCUCAGGGGGGCAGAGGGGGCACCUGGGAUUGGGACUCAAGGUGAAAAGGGGGACCAAGGCCAAAGGGGAAUACGGGGUUUGACGGGUCCACCUGGGAUUGCUGGACCCUCCGGACCAAAGGGAGAACCAGGAGCAUCAGGACGUUUGGGUUCUCCUGGUCCACCGGGACGCUUCGUCACCGGAUCCAAGGGUGAUCCUGGUCCUCCUGGUCCUCCUGGUCCAAUUGGGGAGACUGGAUAUGGACUUCCUGGUCCAAAGGGAGAUCGAGGUGAUCCAGGUCCUGCAGGUCCAUACGGUCCCAAAGGAGAUGGCUAUCCUGGACCCAUGGGCCCUCCUGGUCUGCCUGGACUGCCAGGAGAACCUGGUCCAGAAGGACUGGGUCUCCCAGGACCAAAGGGGGACUCUGGAUUUAGAGGGCUGCCCGGUCCACCAGGACCUCCAGGUGAAGGUAUCCAAGGACAGCCGGGAAAUCCCGGAAGACCAGGUCCACCAGGACCAACAGGACCACAAGGACAAGGCGUUCAGGGACCAAAGGGAGAACAGGGGUCCCAAGGCGUGGCAGGUCCCAGAGGGUUACCUGGAGAGGGCUUCCCUGGACCUAAGGGUGACCGAGGCUCAUCGGGGGAGAGGGGCCUCAAAGGGAUCAAAGGAGACAUGGGAGACCCUGGAACUCCGGGGCAAGCAGGACGAGCAGGCGUCAAAGGGGAAGCAGGUCUCACCAGAGACGACAUCAUCCGAAUGAUCAAAGAGAUCUGUGGAUGUGGGAUCAGGUGCAAGGAGAGGCCCAUGGAGCUGGUGUUCGUCAUCGAUAGCUCCGAGAGCGUCGGCCCGGAGAACUUCGAGAUCAUCAAGGACUUUGUGACCGCGCUGGUGGACCGGGUCACGGUGGGCCGUAACGCCACCAGGAUCGGUCUGAUAUUGUACAGCCUGGAGGUGAAGCUGGUCUUCAACUUGGCCCGUUACAUCUCCAAAGAGGACAUCAAGCUGGCCAUCAGGAACAUCCCUUACAUGGGCGAGGGGACGUACACCGGCACCGCCAUCCGCAAAGCCACGCAGGAGGCCUUCUACAGCUCACGCAUGGGGGUCAGCAAAGUGGUGAUCGUCAUUACCGACGGGCAGACGGACAAACGAGAGCCCGUCAAGCUGGAUCUGGCAGUACGAGAGGCGCACGCUGCCAACAUUGAGAUGUUCGCCUUGGGGAUCGUAAACACCUCAGACCCAACGCAGGCUGAUUUCCUAAAGGAACUGAAUUUGAUCGCCUCUGACCCGGACAGCGAGCACAUGUUCCUGAUUGACGACUUCAACACUCUCCCAGCUCUAGAAUCAAAGUUGGUCAGCCAGUUCUGUGAGGACGAGAACGGAGCCUUGAUAUUCAACAGGAUAAUUAAUGGCUACAAUGGAAACAAUGGCUUCAGUGGCAACAGGAUCGGCAGUGGGAGCUACGCCACCGGAGGUUACGGCUACAGGCCGGUGACUCAGCAGGAUCUACUGAAUGGACAACAGACCGGCGUUAACGUUGGUACCGGCGUUAACGUUGGUACCGGCACUCACAGCCGGGUAGAGACCACGUUGGACGGCAGUAAAGGAUCCAGCACUGGAGAUCAGGGAGGAGCUGGGCGACAAGCAAGCACCAAGACAACCGACUCAGGAAAUGAGCGUGGGGACACAUUUAACCGUGACACCUCAGACGACAGAAAACAUCCCUCUCCUGCAGGAGAGGACUCCUCCAGGAGCAGUGGCUCCUCUUCAUCGUCCUUGUCUUCGUCUACAAGUACAACAUCAAGUUCAGGUGGAUCUGUGCAGAACACACCUGUACCAAGACCGUCCCUUCCCAAAGAGACCGCCCCCUUGGACCCUCGCUGCGGCUUGGUUCUGGACCAGGGCACGUGUCGAGAAUACAACAUCCGCUGGUACUACGACAAGCAGGCCAACGCCUGCGCCCAGUUCUGGUACGGAGGCUGCGGCGGCAACAAGAACCGCUUCGACACGGAGGACGAGUGCCGGACGACGUGCGUGGUUUCCAGAGCCACAGGAGGCUGAGCGAAGCGUCGGCUGCAGAUACUUCAAGGAGGAGCAGCUAAAACCGGACACCAACAUGAAGACUCAACUCAGAACCCUCAGGACAAUCGUUUACAGACGAUCCUCAUGUCCCCUCCUGCUAAACGAGUCUUCUCUGUAAUCAGAGAAAGGAGAAAUUUAAAACUUCUACGUCUUUAGGUAAAGCUGGAGAUCUUUGAUUGUUUCUACUCAGGAAUACAGACAAGCUCGCUGCUUCGGCUGCUUCAACACCUUCAGCUGAUAACGGUUGUCCCGCAGAGACCUCUGAGGAGACGAGACGGACGUUAGCUGUAAGAAAUGACAUCACUGGAGCAAAAUGGCAGCCGAAGCCAUGAUCUCUACUGAAACGCAGCAGAGACAAAGUCUCGUUACUCAAAUAAAUAAAAUAGUUUUUAUAUUCAGCGCUGUGCUCGAGUCUUCAGUCCUCCUCCUUUCUUUCCAGGAGCCAGACUAACAUUUGCAGAUUAUAUUUGUUUAAUUAUGGCGUAGCAGCCUCUAAUUAAAUUAUUGAUUUUCUGUCUAUUUUACUAAAUCCACCCUUGUUAUUUUAACGCUGAAGAUCCCAGGAUCACCACUAGGGGGCGAGAGCGUCCGCGUUAACAACACUUAAAAC